AUGCCAUCGUCUAAGGGUAAGCCUACCGAUCCCAAGCUUCGAGAAGAGGUGAAAGAGAAGGUUCAGAACGAGACCAACAAGGAUGGGUCUGGUAAAGGGCAGUGGAGCGCUUGGAAGGCAGCAAAGCUCUCGAAAGAGUAUGAAGCAGAAGGUGGAUCGUACGAGAACGAAGCUGGAUCAAAGAACGAGCCUGAGAAGGGAGCUCCUAAACCCAAAUCCAAGGUGAAGAAGGACGCAGAGGAGAAACAAGAGGCUGAGAAGGAGAAACCUAAAUCAAAAGGUGCUGCGGCCAAGAAGGAUGACACUGAGAAGGUAGAGAAUGAGAAACCCAAGUCAAAGGGUAAAGCUCAAGAUAAGAGUGAGAAACCAAAGUCAAAGAAGGAAGAGGAGAAGACUGAAAAGCCGAAAUCGAAAGGCAAAGCUGCCUCUGAGAAGAAAGAGGAAGAGAAAGAGAAACCCAAGUCUACCGACAAACCCAAGUCUAAAGGUAAAACCGAGAAGAAGGAUGAGGAGAAGCCUGCCGAGAAACCGAAAUCUAAAGGUAAACCUGCCUCGACCAAGAAUGACGAUCCGGCACCUGCUGAGAAGCCUACUUCGACUAAAGGAAAGAGAAAGUCGGAUGCUGGUGAGGUCGAUAAUGACAAGAAGAGUAAGAAGAGUAAGGCUUAG